UAUUCAAACCAAUGUAUGUGUUUAUUAUGUUUUUUAUGUAAAAUCAUAUCUAAUUUCAUAUAACGUUUAUGAUUAUGUGUGUCUAAUUAAGUUGUUGAUUGUCUACUCUGACUAUUAUAAAUUGUUAACGUGUGCUCCCAUAUUUGUGGAUUCCGACAAAUAAAUUUUGUGAAACGCUUAAUUAUAAUUAGUUUAUAAGUCUACAACUAGACAUGCACACGUCAGACAUGUAACUGUGAGCAUAUAUACUUAAGUCAUAAUUAAUGUAAUGUUAUAAUACGUAUUUUUCUACAUUAUUCUGAUGUAUAAAUGUGAGGAUGAAAAUGAUUGAGCAAUGUCUAUUAUUUGAUCAAAUACUAUACAAAAAUCGAAAAUAAAAGAUAUUACAAAAAAAAAGAGUGAUGUUUGAUAGCACAAAGCCGCCCCCGUGACCUAAUUCUCAUUUGAUUCCUUUGUCACAUUCAAGAGGAAAGUGGGGUAGGUCAAACUGAUAAACCCUGACUACAACAUAAUAUUGCAAAUUCUUCCUUCAGAUAUGUUCAAUAUUAUUUUGUCUGUUUGGUCUCAUCUAAAUCCCAUGUAUGGUCCAUCCAAUAUAUUAUAUCUUGGAGUUUAAUUAAUAAGUCGUCACUAACAUUGAUGUACUGGGACUCGAAGCAACUCCACGAUACUAAACCUACCACGCGAAUAUAAACCAUGUUUUAAACUUUAUCUGAAUAUCUAAAAAAAGAUCCAUCUAUUGUCUAAACUUCUCUUUGAAGUUUGGUAUGGAUCAUUCUAUAAAUCUAGGAUAUUCCAGGUUAGUAAAACAUUGACGUGAUAAUAUGAAGAAUAAACAGCAAGAGAUAAAUAUGUGUACUGUAAUGUCAUGAUUAUUUUUGUCACCUAAUUGAAUUGAGACUAGGUAUCAACUGUUUACCUGGCAAAGAAAAAAAGAUUAGCAAAACUAAUGUAAUAAACAGUCUAUUAAUCAAGAUGUUAAACAAAAAAAGGAAAUAAAUGUAUAGUAUUUAGCAAAAACAUAAAAAAAAUAAAUUUAUAACUAGUACUCUUAAUUAGCAUACCAGAUCAAGCGAAAUUAACGACAUAACAAUAACAUGAAUCGCUUGUGAAGUAACGGCGUCUAUAAAGGGCGUGGUCUUCAUAAAAUUUCAAUCUUGACCUGAUAAUAAUAACUAGUGUUUCAUAAUGGUGGUUCAUAAGUCGGACGUGUAAAUUUUCAUGCAGUCAGAAUCAUUUUUCCUAAUACGUAGGAAAAUAACCAAUGAUCGUUUUCCAAGUGGAACUACUCUAUGAAUAUUGAAUCUCGUUGAUUUUUGCUUAUCAAAUAUAUUAAGACCAUUUCCAAUUCAUCUUUAUAAUAGAAAAAAAAAAUUGAGAUGGAGUUUUUACUCCAAUGUGUUUCUCUAUAAUAGAAUAAUGUUAUAUUUGCCUCUAUAAAUAGAGGAAUGCUAUUUUUUUUCUUCUAUAUUUAGGGAAAAAAAUAAUAUUCAUCUAUUUAUAGAGCCAAAUAUAACAUUUCUCUAUUAGAUAGGAACACAUUAAUUAGAGCAAAAAUCUCAUAUCUAUUGUUUUCUCUAUUUUAGAGAUGGGUUAGAGAUGCUUUAAAUCAGUGAUUUAGUGCAAUAAAGUUUAAUUCAUGAGGGAGAGAUAAGACAAAAGAGAUAUAGCUGUUGCAGACACGAGACUCUUUUACAUUUUUUUAAGGUACAAAUAUUAAUAUAUAAUAUGGAACAGGGAAAAUAUAUUUUACUUGUUUGCUAAAAUGAUAAUUUCUAAGCCAAUUUUUUUUCGAAAAUGAAUCGAUGACAAGGUAAUUCUUUGCAUCCCUUAUAAUUCAUAUGUAGAUAGCGACCCUACAUAUAUAUCUCCCACAUAUAUUUUCAUUUUCAUUUCCAAUCGGUAUUUUCUAUAACAAGAUUACAAAUAGCAUUGCGAUUGUCGGAAGUCAUAAUAUCUACAGUAAAUAUAAAACUACAGUGUAUAUAAGUUAUACCAUAGUCUUGGACCUCUUGGUUUUGUUUGUGUUGCCUAAUUUUUCCUUAAUGGUGGCAAUUGCAAGAAUAUCACACAACACAAAUGUUAAAUACAUUUAAAUCAGAUUCUAAUAUAUGCUGUAUAUAAUAAUAUAUGACAUAUUGAGUACUAAACUCUACGAUUUGAUUUUAAUUCAUAAGUACAUAUCUCCAACAAUAUAUCUAACCAAAGAGGAUCUCGGAGUGGACGAGAGUUGGAGAAAAAGAAGAGUGGACUUUGAACCAAACUCUAAAUUUAAGAAAAGAAACACAGAGUGAAUAGAUGUCUAAACGAAUUAAGCUACAUACGUGAGACAGAAAGGGUUUGAUGAAGCAACGGGACUUGUGUGUAAGUGCUGUUUUGUUGUGAUGAUUAAGUGGCACACAUGUGAAUUGGUGGGUACGUUUGUUUGUCCGUCUCUUACAUAGACAAUCUUCUGCAUCAUAUCAAUACUAAUCUAUCCAAACUUAUAUACUUCCAUCUAUUUAUAAACUCUAACAUGUACAACUUCGUAUAUUUUUGGAGCAUAUUGAUCUAACAUACAUAUAUAGAUGAGUUUUUAAUUUGAAACUGAUCCAUCAAAUCAUUCUUUACAUGCGUAAGGCAAAUUGUUGGGCAUCAAACUAUAUAUAUAUAUAUAUAUAUAUAUGAUAAGUGUUUUGAGAGACGUGACUUUACAUUGGUGUUUGUUCAAAAAUGUGAUGCACAACUACAUACAUAUAAACGUAGAGUAUAGUCAUCCAUAUACGUACACAGAUCAAUGUAAAUAAAGAGAGCGAUAUGGAGGACAAGGAGAGAUGGUGAAUAGGGGAAGAGAGAUCAGGAUCAUAUAUCAGUGGGUUCGUGUUCAUAAAGAUCCCCGUGAGGAGUGUUUGGAGGCAUUCCAAAAUCACAACUAACAUUCUUUUGUUUGCUUUUUAUUCUCUCGAUGCUCCCAAGCUUUAACUUAUUCUUUAAAACAUUAUUGGACAAUAAGUUCCUCUCCCAUAUAUCACGAAUUGACGAGCUCAUAUCAUUUCCUUUAUCCUCUUUUUUUUUUUAUAACUAUCAUUCUCUCUUCAAGUAUCAUAUUAACAUUAUCCAAGUAACUACAUAAAUAUAUAUACCGCAAAUCUAGUCCAUCCAAGUUCAAAUGGUUUUCUUCUUGUUGCAAUGAUCAUAACGAAUUAGAUGUAAAUGGCACUUGCAUACUAUAAUUCGUUAUUGACUAGAAACUCGAUCCAAUACUGAAAUUUAUUCUAGAUAGAUCAAUAUAUGAUGUUCAAAAAGAAAUGAAUGACUGCAAUUUCUUUGAUUUAUAACUAAUAGCUGAAUGACCAGCAAUAAUAGAUAUAUACCUGACAAAGUCCAUUUUAUAUUAUUAUUUACUACAGCGAUUGGAAUAGUAUAUCGAUAUCGUAUCAUUAAGUAUAAUAUGGAGUUUUCCCAUUAUAUAUCUUUAUCCGUUUCCAAAAGUUCAAAGCUGUCUAUAGUUGUAGUCAAUUAUCGUGAUUUUGCUUGGACGCGUUAGAAUAGUAUCAAAACAAAGAGCAAAAUAAAACACAUAAAUAAUGUAAAACUUUUUAUGGUGCUAAGAUAACGUAUUUUAUCACAGCGAGAAAUUACAGUCAAUAAAAACAUAGUAAUUAGUUUACAAUAUUAGUAUUGGUAGGUAAAGGUAUGUACACGUAUAUUUGUAUUUGUACGUAUGUAAAUGAUCAUAUGAAUAUUGUAAAUUAAUCAAUAUACGAAAUGCAUAAAUAUAAGAAAAAAAACAGGGUCGAAUAUUAAAUAGAAGUUCGUAUAUUAGGACAUAGAGGCAAGGAAGUAAUUCACGAGAUACAAAUCGGAGUUGUCCGUAUGUAAUAUUUUGUAGCGAUCAAGAGAGACUAAUGCAGACAUGUGAGAGGGGAGAGGAUCCUAUAAACAAUUUAGUCUAAGUUCUCUGCUUCCUCCUGAUCAUAUAUAUAUUGCAGAUACACACAUAGUUCCUCUAAACAGAAGAUAAUACAAAUAAAUCAAGAAAGCUCUAUUGGAAGGGAAGAGGCUUAUAAAUAUAAGAAUGGUUUCGUGGGAACGAAAUAGAGGUUCUUUACAAGAGAAGUUUCAACUGCUUCGUUCAGCCACUAAUUCUCAUGCUCAAAACGAAACAUCGAUUAUAAUGGAUGCAUCGAAAUAUAUCCAAAACCUUAAGAAAAAAGUCGAAAGAUUCAAGGAGGACACUGCCGCAGAGCAAUCUUCAAGCGAGCCCACGGAUCCCACCACACCAAUGGUAAAAGUCGAAACCCUAGAAAAGGGUUUUAUGAUAAAAGUUUUCUCAGGGGAGAAUCAGCCAGGCAUGCUUGUUUCGGUAUUAGAAGCCUUUGAGGAUAUGGGGCUUGACGUUCUCGAAGCUAGGGUUUCAUGUACCGACUCCUUUAGCUUGCAUGCCAUGGGAGUCAAGCAGAAUGAAGAUGAGGAAAGAAUGGAUGCUGAAGCAGUGAAACAGGCAGUGACAGAUGCAAUCACAAGCUGGGGUGAAACCAAUGUUCCACCUUUUCUUUGAUUCUCCUUUAUUUAUGUUUAAUAUACAAAAUAUAAUAACACAAUUUCUAUAGUAAUUCUGUUAUUUUAUGUUCACCUUUACCCAGAAUUGUCCCCUAGAAAAGAGAUAAUGAAGAAAAAUGAAUUGUAUGUUUUCUAUAUAUUCCACAUAAGCAAAUAUAAGAUACGUAUUCAAAGUAUAGUCGCCUAGCUUAGCUGAUACAUAUCAUCUGAGACAGCUAAAAUUUUGUAUUCUCAAAGUUGAAUACCAGAAAAUCGAAAACACUCAUCAUUUUAUGAAUUUAGUAGACCAAAUUUUUUUUAUUAUUAUUAUUUCGGAUUUGAUCAGAUUAUAUUAGAUAACUUAUAUUAUACCACAGAAGACGACAAACACAUUUUGUUCACGUGAGCAAAAUAACUCCAGAAGAGCUGGAAAGUAACACGUACAAAAAUACAUACUUCCUACAUAUUUUCCCGUUCCAGUCUGACAUUUUAUAAAAAAGUUCAUAAACAACAAACGUUUUUUGGAUGAUUAGUUAGGUCUGAUAAUCUGAUUGUUGACAAAAGCAAGCUUUUGAUAAUUUGAUUUACAUUAGCAUGAACAAUUAAGAAGGUAAAAAUAUUAGAGUAGUGUUAAAUCAGGAUAGCCGAGAUCCAACUCGAACAAAGAACUUGAUGAAAUUGAAUGAACUGUAAUUUGAUAAUAGGAAAAACGAAAACUAAAGCCACACUGAAUAAAAACUUCGAAAUGAAAUUAUCAUAAACCACCAACGUUACUUUUGCAUGAAACUGAGAAGCAACAUUUGAGUAAAGUUAUGGAAUCUCAAUUUGGCAGAAAAAUAUGAAGCCACAGUUAUAACAAAGGAUUACGGAACUGCGUUUUUAUGAAAAGUGAAAACAAAAUGUUUUAUUUUUCCAACAUCAACUUAAUGAAAGUAAAAAAACUUAUGAAGAAAUAAGCCAAGAAAAUAAAACAGCUAUUGUCCAUUUUCUUAAAUUUAGUUACAAAUCCCUCGAGUAGACUGUAGAUCCUAAAAUCCAUACUAAGUAUUUAAUAGUGAUCGAGAGUUUAAUCUAGAAAAGAAAAGAUAAUGUAUGUAAUAAUAUCUUUAGAACACAACGAUGUAAUUAGAUUUCAGUAGGUAAAGAUGGAUUUUAUUGAUGAAUAAGAUCGAAUACAAUAAGUGAAAUGAGUUCGAACGUUACAAACGAGAUCGACAAGAGAAAGACUAAAAACUCGGUGAAAAUAAGGUUGAUGUGUGUGUAUAGCUCUUUCUAGGGUUUUUAACGUAUCCUCAUUUGUUUGCGUCCAUCUCUUCUUAUAGUGGAUUGACUCCAGAUUUCUCUCAACCUUCCCGCGAUCUCCAGCUAUUCGAAUCGAUCACUUUUUGCUCGUCGGAGUCGGACUUCUUCGUUGGUUGCGCGACUCAAGUUACUUAGGCCCAACUAUCUAGUUGACCGAAAUUGGGUCCAACAUAGACCUUGUUGUUUUGUUUUACCACACAAAAAAAAAAACUAAAAUUCAUGGUUUGAUAAAUUGAUUUUUGAAACAAAAGAAAAUGUUCUAAUUUAUCACCUGUCCGUGCUAAAAUUCCUAAUUUUCACAUGGCUUUGAUCCAUAAUAAAUUGAUGACAAUAAAAUAAAAACAAAAAUGUAAAUAGGAAUUGUUAUAUUCUCAUUUGGAAAAUGUCAUAUAAAAAUUAAAUCAGUCUAAUUCAUUUAACUCGUUUUGAAUAUUAAAUUAUCCUCAAAAGUAAAAACAACACAAAACAAAACUGAAUAUUCUUCUAGAUUUGAUAUUCAAUAAAAAAAAAACAAUUCUUCUAGAUUUUUCCUACUUCCUCAUGUUUGCAUGAUAUUGGUCGAGCCUCUGGACAACAUCGCAAUUGUGCUGUUGUACUUUUUAGUCUGUUCAGACUCACAUGACCCCUUAUCAUUGGACUGUAAGAGCCGGAUUACUAUCCACAAACGACAUGAACUUGCUCGAGAAUGAAAUCCCCUCCAUGUGUGAUAUGAUAAACUCAGAGACUUCAUGUUCCAGGAUCUUGUCCGAAUGAAUCUUUGCAAGCUCGAGUACAUCAAAUACAUUUGUUAUGUUCUUGGAGCCGAUUAACUGGUUUCUGCAGAGAUCUUGAAGGUGUGGAAUUUCGUAUUUGUCUGCAGCUAGGUAGAGUACAUGGACGUGUUGCAUCAUCUUCGUAUCAGAAAGCGAACCGUUGUAUAUGAACUCAAGAAACGUCUCUAACUCAUCAUGUUUCAUCUCUGAAAGAGUGAUCGUCUCUUUCGACAAAGAAGCUUUGAAAUCAUCUGAUUCCAAUAUGUUCCUAAUAAACACCUUCGAUCUUGCCACCUAAUAAUAAUAUAAUAUAUAUAUUUAAAAAAAUCUCAAGUUAGAAAAAGUAAUGCACAAUCCAUAUGUAACACUUAAAACUCCAUAACAUAAACCAACUGUGCGUUGAACGAAUUGGUUAUGUUAUGUUUCUAUUUCCAAUUGGAAAAGAUGUUUUAUGCCAUGUCAUCGACUUAGGAGGAAAUAAGGACUUGGCCUAAACUCCUCCAGAUUAAAAAAAAAUAUCGAAUAGAAUGAGAGAAUACCAAUAUAAGUUUGUGGGCGGGGAUGGGAUCCGUUUGAUCCCCUGCUUUGAGCCAUACAUCGACUUCAAUUUUUCCUUGUAUUUAAAUUUUAUUUUUGUUUUAAUCUAGGCGAAAACUUAUAAAUUGACAUGCAGCCAAUCAGAGUAUCUCACGAAACUUCUUAAAACUCUCAAAAGAACUUUUUUAGUCAAAAAAAAAAAAACUCUCAAAAGAACUAAAACCAUGUCCAUUAAAUAGGAUAACUUGUGGACGCGGAUUGCAUUUGAACUCUUGCUUUGAUAUGAUUUAAUUCUCAUACUACCAAGUUAAAUUUAAAAUGAUCAUGGAUUUUUAACUUUAAAUAUAAUUAGCAAUGAGUGGAUUGAUCAUAUAUAUCACUUAGUAUUUCUUUCAAUUUACUAUAUUUUUUUGUCAAUUUUUCAAUUUACUAUAUAAAACUUUAUUUUUAAUAUGUCCUCUUGGGUCAAUGGUCUUUGACUGUUUAUUUCAAAAUAUCAUGCAUGGAUGGAAAAAAACCCAUUUAGACCGGAUUAUUCAUAAAUCGGACUGGAAUAUAACACAAGGUUUGAUACAAAUAAUAAAUUGAGGAGAAUAAAACAAAAAAAAUGUAAAUUAAAGAAAGAAAUAUCAUUCUCUCAUAAGAAUAAAAUGUAUAAACUUAUAUAGAAACUAAAUCAAUCUAAUAUAUUAAAUUAAUAAGCAAAUGGUACUAAGAUAAAUAUCAAGUUUGUAAUCAUAAAAAUUCUUUUAAAUUUUUCUAAUUCUUUGUGUUUGCAUACUCUUUACUUUAUAUAAGCCCGCUUGCAAUUCUAAUUUCAGUUGCUCUUUCGCAGUUCAACAUUCGAACUUUUUUAUUUCUUUUUUCCUGACGUUUUCUUUUUAGUUUGUUCACGUGACCUCUUAUGGCUUGGACAGUAAGAGCCGGAUCACUCUCCACAAACGACAUGAACUUGCUCGAGGAUGAAACUCCCUCCAUGUGUGAUGCGAUAAACUUAGAGACCUCAUGUUCGAGGAUAUUGUCAUGAUGAAUCUUUGCAAGGUCGAGGACAUCAAAUACAUUUAUUGUGUUCAUGGAGCCGCUCAACUGGUUUCUGCAAAGAUCUUGAAGGUGUGGAAUUUCGUACUUGUCUGCUGCUAGGUAGAGUACACGGACGCAGUAGCGGCCCUGAUGGGAAAAGCACAACAAGCACCAGCUUCCAGCCCACCAAUUUUUUUUGAAACAAUCAGCCUUUUUAGAACAAAUCAUUGAUAUAUAUAUGUUACUUUAGUUACAUAUAAUACAGAAUAGACCAAGUUUUUGAAAAAUUGCUUAUGGUCUUUGCCAUGUCAGGACCGGCACUGCACGGACGUGUUGCACCAUCUUUGUAUCGGACGUGCUGCUAGGUACUGAUCGUAGAGAGAGUCAGAGAGAUUAGGGUCUGACCGUCCUCCUUCAGGUUAACAAAAAAAAAACUCCAUAAUAGAAUACCAAGAUAAGUUUGUGGGCAGCGAUGGCAUCUGUUUGAUCUCCUGCUUUGAGCAAUACAUGUGCUUGCCAUUGUGUAGCGUUCAUGAGGGCCCCAUCGAAUUCCAUCUUGUUUGCAGCAUCUCUCUCAGUCUGGAAAGCAGAAUAUCAUCUUUUUAGGACAAUACGUUCACUAAAAAAUAAGAAAAUAAUACCAAGUUAAGUUUGUGAAAAGGGAUUGCAUCCGUUAUUGUUCACCUGCAUUGGACUUGACUUUUUAUUGGCGCUCAUGAGUUCCUCAGGGGAAUACACCUUGUUUGCAGCUUCUUAUUUUACCACUCUGGAAAAUAUAAUAUCAUAUUUUAGGACAAUGCAUCCACUAGAAUAGAGUAAAAUAAGACUUUACACAUCUCUAAAUGCAAACCAGCUAAGAUUCAUGUGGUAUUCAUCUCUACCUCUUUUUUUUUUUGACAAUACGUAAAAGAAGAAAAAUGUCAUGUUUUGAAACAAAAAGCGAAGAAGAGUCUUCCGGGUGAAAUAGCUACUAGGUUAUUAUGUUUCCGUUAGCUGGCGAUAAAACAACAUUGAAUAACAAAUAGCUACAUAACAUACCAAGGACAAAGGCUGAAAAAACUCUAUAAUCUAAGCCGUAAUUAAAAACAUAGGAAGAUAAUAAGACAGGGUUUCUAGAAUAGAAUAUUUGUAAGAAAAAGAAAAUACAGAGAAAAAGUUGACCACUAAAGUUUAGACUAAUUGACCCUUAAAGCUUUAUUUGUGAUUAGAAAGGCCCAAAGCAAGUUAGUGUGGCCCAAUUAGUAAAAGAGAUUGGCUUGGAGAAGACGCGGAAAAGAGAAGCAGAGUGAAAAAAAAAAAAGACGGCGGCGAAGAAGAGAAGCAGAGAAGAAGAUGGCGCAGCAUGUGAAGGAUGUGGUUGAGGAGAUGAAUGAGUUGAAGAAUCUGGUCCUCGGUUACGAUGGGGGAUAUCCACCGACGUCGAUUCCGGCUUUGAAGGUCAUUCUCACUUUGAUCGAGUUUGUAGUGAAGGAAACCAAAGAUCUCCUUAGAUUCGGAAAGUUUGAAGUAGAGAAACAUCCCUUGCCGAUGGUGCCCAACUUCUCGUGGGAACCCCAACCAGCGAUGAUGAUCCCUUACAUCAUUGAAAUGAUCGAUGUGUUUGUGCUGGAUUUCGAUAUGAUGAAGAUUCGGGUCCAGGUUUUGUGUUCUUUCGAUAUUAUCUGGAUCGUUUCAGAUCGAGGACGGUAGAGUCGAUUGGUGAUCUUGUAUGUAAAGAGCUCACGGCACAGAAGGCCCAAGAAGUUCAUGUUAAAGUUUGGAGUGCUAAGAAACUAACGGUGGACGGACGCUUGUAGACAGUUUUACUGAAACCCCAAAUCACCUCGCUUCUAUAGAGAAGCUGAAGAAGAUUCAAGAGUUUCUCUGCGAGGUGAUUAACGACGGACGAGUCUUCUUCCUGAAGAACAGCUUCUUGCCACAGGGAAAACGGUUUCCUCUUGCACAGGUCUCACGUGUCUUGGAGGAGUCUGUGGAGCAUAGUCCACUGCGGCAGCACAAGUUGCACGCCUGGGAUUUGGUUGGUGUUGUUGCUGACCUUUUUGAAGUCUUGCUGGGUAGUUUUAUUUACAGGUUGAAGAUGAAGGACUUGGAAGAACUUUCUGCCUUUGUGACAACAACCAACUCCGUUUUGGUAAAGAAAGGUGUAGAAGAGGGAGGUGUCUACCCAGAUGUUGAAGCCUAGUAGGUGAGGUGAGGUGAGGAAAUGUGUCUAGGAGCUUGAAUUUGGUUCGUUCCUUCUUUUAUGUGAAUAAAGACAAAGUUACAUCCUUUGUUGUCUAGACUUUGUUGAACAUUUUCAGCUCUCACUUAAUUAAGUUCAAAAUAUCUGUA